CAACCGAAACUGAAAGUGUGUAGCACUCGUUAAAAGUAUCUAGGUUAAAAGUAUCUUAAAAGUAUCUAGCCCUCGUUGCCGAAACAUGGAGAGAAAAAGUAGGCUAAAAAAAGAAGAAGUGUGCAAAGAUAAUGAAUUUCUUUAAGCAGUCUGCAGGUGACGAUGAGGACAGUGGUGAAGAGGCAGAAACGCCAGAGAGGAGUGAGCAGGGAGGUGCUUUGUCAUGCUUACAUGCUAUGUGCUGUGAACUAGCUAAGUGAACUAACUAAAGAACAACAUGUUUUUGUUAACCUUGGGGUUUCAAUGCUAGAGUCCCGCUGCGGGUUUGACCAUUUUCAAAGUUUAACUAGUUUCUGUCCUGACCUGGCUCGUGAGCAUGACAGAAACGGGAGAGACGCGGUUUUAAACGGAAACAAUACUCAACAAUACAAAACUAAAAAAAAAACUAAAAAAAAAAACAUCCUGGCAUGAUGAGGUGUGUUGGUCAGUGUGUCAGCAGGUGAAUGAGUGGUUAAGUGAUGGAUGGAGGUGUUGUGUAGAAACAAACACAAAUAGACAACAAAAAGAGGGAACCACACACACCUCACACACACACCAGCAGGCUCUGCUAAAGCACGAGGGCCGUCACACUCAGACUCAGUGCACACACGUUUAGAGAAGUUUACGCUAAAUUUCUAGUAGUGUUUAAAAAAAGUGGUAAUCAACUUCGACUGUAAAUGGGAAAACAUGUAAAUCUGAUCAUUUUCUUCUAGACUACUCAUCACUUCUUUUUCGCAUUUUAGCCUAUAAGGCAUGUGAUAUUUAAUAGCCAGCCCAGCAAUAAAAAUGAUUGUUAUUAAUGAGUCGUUGAUCGACAAACAUGUUGUGUCCCUUUGAAUUUGGUGUAUCAAACUGGGGCCGCAUGGCAGCAAAUUCCAGGCUGCUUUUUGUCGCCAGUCCGCCCCUGGUCCGACACUAAACGCUCGAAAACGCACCCAGCAGCAGAUCCAGCAGUGCAGUAUUGGAGUACACAGCCUUAGAAAUCUGAUAAGACACCAAGCUGUUGAGCAGCAGCGCCCCCUGCUGCUGCAGCCUCUGUCCUGCACCACUACACUACAGCCGCAGCAGCAGCAGCAGCAGCAGCGUCGUCUCUUCUGUCACCACCGGGACUGCAUGUCCUGAAAGGCAGUGUAUACAGCAAUAAACCGUCACGCAGAAAGACCAACGAGCUGCAGACAAAAUGGUGAACUUCACUGUGGAUCAGAUCCGUGCCAUCAUGGACAAGAAGUCCAACAUCAGGAACAUGUCUGUGAUCGCCCACGUGGAUCAUGGGAAGUCCACUCUGACUGACUCGCUGGUGUCCAAGGCGGGGAUCAUUGCCUCAUCCCGUGCCGGGGAGACGCGCUUCACUGACACGCGCAAAGACGAGCAGGAGCGCUGCAUCACCAUCAAAUCAACGGCCAUCUCUAUGUACUAUGAGCUUGCAGAAAACGACAUGGCGUUUAUCAAGCAGAGUAAAGACGGAAAUGGCUUCCUCAUCAACCUUAUUGAUUCUCCGGGUCACGUUGACUUCUCCUCUGAAGUCACUGCUGCCCUCAGGGUAACGGACGGAGCCCUGGUGGUGGUGGACUGUGUCUCAGGUGUGUGUGUGCAGACUGAGACAGUACUGCGGCAGGCCAUCGCUGAGCGCAUCAAGCCGGUUCUGAUGAUGAACAAGAUGGACCGGGCCCUACUUGAGCUGCAGCUGGAGCCAGAUGAGCUCUUCCAGACCUUUCAGCGUAUCCUGGAGAACGUCAACGUCAUUAUCUCCACCUAUGGAGAAGAAGAGGGGGGACCCAUGGGGAACAUCAUGAUUGACCCUGUUAUUGGUACAGUCGGGUUCGGCUCUGGCCUCCAUGGUUGGGCCUUCACCUUGAAGCAGUUUGCUGAGAUGUAUGUGGCUAAGUUCACAAAGGGAGAUGUUCAGCUGGGAGCAGCAGAGAGGUGUAAGAAAGUGGAAGACAUGAUGAAGAAACUGUGGGGAGAAAGAUAUUUUGACCCAAAUGCCGGCAAGUUCAGUAAGACUGCCACCGGUCCUGAUGGCAAGAAACUUCCCCGCACCUUCUGCCAGCUCGUUUUGGACCCCAUCUUUAAGGUGUUUGAUGCCAUCAUGAAUUUCAAGAAGGACGAGACAGCCAAACUAAUUGAGAAGCUGGACGUCAAACUAGACUCAGAGGACAAGGAGAAAGAGGGGAAGCCCCUGCUGAAGGCCGUGAUGCGUCGCUGGCUGCCUGCCGGAGAGGCCCUGCUCCAGAUGAUCACCAUCCACCUGCCCUCCCCCGUCACUGCACAGAAAUACCGCUGUGAGCUGCUUUAUGAAGGGCCGGGAGACGACGAGGCUGCAAUGGGUAUUAAGAACUGCGAUCCUAAGGCUCCUCUGAUGAUGUACAUUUCCAAGAUGGUCCCAACCACUGACAAAGGUCGUUUCUACGCCUUUGGCCGUGUGUUCUCUGGCUGUGUGUCCACUGGCCUGAAGGUGCGCAUCAUGGGGCCAAACUUCACCCCUGGCAAGAAGGAGGACCUUUACAUUAAACCCAUCCAGAGAACCAUUCUGAUGAUGGGCCGGUAUGUGGAGCCUAUUGAGGAUGUCCCAUGUGGCAACAUCGUGGGUCUUGUUGGAGUAGACCAGUACCUUAUUAAGACAGGGACCAUUACCACCUAUGAACAAGCCCACAACAUGAGGGUGAUGAAGUUCAGUGUGAGCCCUGUGGUUAGAGUUGCCGUGGAGGCCAAGAACCCCGCUGACCUGCCCAAGCUGGUGGAGGGACUGAAGCGUCUGGCCAAGUCUGACCCCAUGGUGCAGUGCAUCAUCGAGGAGUCCGGGGAGCACAUCAUCGCUGGAGCGGGAGAGCUGCACCUGGAGAUCUGCCUGAAGGACCUGGAGGAAGACCACGCUUGCAUUCCACUGAAGAAAUCUGACCCAGUCGUAUCUUACAGAGAGACAGUGAUGGAAGAAUCAAACCAGAUGUGUCUGUCCAAGUCCCCCAACAAGCACAAUCGUCUCUUCAUGAAGUCCCGUCCUUUCCCCGACGGCCUGGCAGAAGACAUCGAGAAGGGGGAGGUCACCGCUCGGCAGGAGCUCAAGGCUCGUGCACGUUACCUCGCCGACAAGUAUGAGUGGGAGGUGACAGAAGCCAGGAAGAUCUGGUGCUUCGGUCCUGACGGAACCGGGCCCAACCUGCUGAUAGACAUGACAAAGGGGGUUCAGUACCUCAAUGAGAUCAAGGACAGCGUGGUGGCUGGUUUCCAGUGGGCGACUAAAGAGGGUGCUCUAUGUGAGGAGAAUAUGCGCGCUGUUCGUUUUGACAUUCAUGACGUGACACUGCACGCAGACGCUAUCCACCGCGGUGGAGGACAGAUAAUUCCCACAGCUCGUAGGGUCCUGUACGCCUGCCAGCUCAGCGCUCAGCCACGACUAAUGGAGCCAGUAUACCUGGUGGAGAUACAGUGCCCAGAGCAGGUGGUCGGUGGGAUCUAUGGUGUGUUGAACAGGAAACGAGGUCACGUGUUUGAGGAAUCCCAAGUGAUGGGCACUCCUAUAUUUGUGGUGAAAGCCUACCUGCCUGUCAACGAGUCCUUUGGGUUCACAGCUGACCUGCGCAGUAACACUGGAGGCCAGGCCUUUCCUCAGUGUAUGUUUGACCACUGGCAGAUUCUCCAGGGAGACCCCAGUGACCCCGCCACCAGACCCUUCCAGGUUGUCGCUGAAAUUAGGAAACGCAAAGGUCUGAAAGAGGGCAUUCCUUCCCUCGACAACUACUUGGACAAACUGUAAACACCGUCCUUGGAUUAUAAAAUACCAAAUAAAUCUCUAAACCCUACCCCGUGGGCACUUUAAAAGUUUUGCACAGUCUUAAAGAUACAUCGCACAAAUUGUUUUGACUUUGAGUCCGGAGCAGAAACAAAGCAUAAGCUUUUGUUGUAGGCUAGUGAAAGCUACAAUGCUUUUUUUCAUUUCACAGCUACAGUACACCAAGUGCCUAGGGUGAGGGUUUUGGGGAACAAUUGGAUCAAAGCAGUUUUACUCCUUGUUUCUUCUUUUCCUCCACAUCAUCCCCCACCCCCACCCCCACCCCCCUCUCAUCUGGCAAGAUAGGCCUAUACAGUGCACUGUGAUACUGCUGCAAUAAUGCAUAUUUAGAUGGAUAAUGGCCAGAUAAAACCAUGGAAACCACAAUGUGUUACAGAAGUCAAACUACCUGGAUCAGACCUUUGUUCAGUUGAUGUAAUUGAUUAAAACAUUAAACUCAUGAUGAAAAUGUGA